AUGACGCCGACCUUCAAAGACCUCCAGCUGACGGAGGUUGGGGGCCGUGUUAACGGCGGUGGUCGUGCUUCGUCGACGAUCGACAUAGGCUGUAACCUCGAGGACGUUAGGCUUUUAGAUUCUUAUGAGGAUGAUUACAAUGAUCAUAAUGCCGGUAAAAGUAGGAAAGGUAAGGAGAAAGUAGGCGUUACGAGAAUUCAGGUGCGAGUCACCGGGAUGACAUGCGCAGCGUGUUCCAAUUCAGUCGAAGGAGCACUCAUGAGCCUCAACGGCGUCGUUAGCGCCUCCGUAUCUUUGUUACAGAAUAAAGCUGACGUCGUUUUUCAUCCCAAUUUGGUCGAUCAAGAUGAUAUCAAGAAUGCAAUAGAAGAUGCAGGGUUUGAGGCCGAGAUUUUACAAGACCAGGGUACAACACAUGGAAAGUCACAUGGAACUGUAGUAGGCCAGUUCAUAAUUGGAGGCAUGACAUGUGCAGCUUGUGUUAAUUCCAUUGAAGGCAUUCUAAGAAAGCUUCCUGGUGUUAAAAAAGCUAUAGUUGCUCUUGCUACUUCACUAGGGGAAGUAGAAUAUGAUCCUUCUACAAUUAGUAAGGACGAAAUCAUCAAUGCCAUUGAAGAUGCUGGUUUUGAGGCUUCACUUGCACAAAGCAGUGGACAAGAUAGAAUCAUGUUUGGAAUAACAGGGAUAUCGAAUCACUUGGAUGAACAUACGUUAGAUGGAAUAUUAAGCAACAUGAAUGGAGUUAGACAGUUUGAUUAUAACAAGAUAACAAGUGAAGUAGAUGUUCUUUUUGAUACUGAGAUACUUACUCCUAGAGAUUUAGUUGAUGUGAUUCAUAAAGAAAGUGGUGGUAAUUUUCAAGUACAUGUAAAGAAUCCUUAUGCGAGAAUGGUUACUCAAAAUCUUGAAGAAUCUUCACACAUGUUGCACAACUUUCUUUUCAGUUUCUCUCUCGGGAUUCCCAUCUUUGCAUUGGGAUUCAUAUGUCCACAUAUACCCUUUCUUAAUUACAUAUUACUCUUAUGGAUUGGACCAUUCCAAAUUGGUGAUUGGUUGCGUGUGAUAUUGGCUAGCCUCAUUCAGUUUAAAGCCGGGAAGCGUUUUUAUAUUGCUGCUUUUCGAGCAUUACGUAAUGGUGCAACAAAUAUGGAUGUUUUGGUGGCUAUGGGAACCUCAGCUGCAUACUUUUAUUCCAUUUAUGCCCUUCUAUAUGGUGCAAUCAAAGGGUUUUGGUCUCGGACUUACUUUGAAACAAGUCCAAUGUUAAUAACUUUUGUGUUGUUUGGGAAAUACUUGGAAACCCUUGCAAAAGGGAAAACUUCAGAUGCUAUAAAGAAGUUGGUGGAACUUGCACCUUCAACAGCUUUGCUGCUUCUUUUAGACAAAGAUGGAAAUGUUAUGGGAGAAAGGGAGAUAGAUUCAUUACUGAUUCAAUUAGGAGAUAUAUUAAAAAUUGUUCCGGGGUCAAAGAUUCCAGUUGAUGGCCAUGUUGUCUCGGGUUCAAGUUAUGUGAAUGAGAGUAUGGUUACUGGUGAAUCAACACCUUGUUUAAAAGAGAUAAAUUCUUUAGUGAUUGGGGGGACUAUAAACUUACAUGGAUCCCUCCAUGUUCAAGCUACCAAAAUAGGUUCUGAUACAGUUUUAAGCCAGAUUAUUUCUCUUGUUGAAACAGCACAAAUGUCCAAAGCUCCUAUCCAGAAGUUUGCUGACUUUAUUGCAAGCAUUUUUGUCCCUACAGUUGUUAGUUUGUCAAUGAUGACAUUCAUCGUGUGGUACUUUAGUGGAAUUUUUGGAGUUUACCCAGAAACCUGGUUGCCUCCAAAUGGGUCCCACUUUGAAUUUGCACUUAUGUUUUCUAUUUCGGCUGUUGUUGUUGCAUGUCCUUGUGCACUUGGUCUAGCCACACCAACUGCUGUGAUGGUUGCAACCGGGGUUGGAGCUAAUAAUUGUGUUCUCAUCAAAGGAGGAGAUGCAUUAGAAAGGGCUCAAAAUAUUCGAUAUGUAAUAUUUGAUAAAACCGGUACUUUAACUCAGAAUAAAGCUGCAGUUACCACUGUCAAAGUAUUCACACAAAUGGAUCGUGGAGACUUCUUGACAUUGGUCGCUUCUGCUGAGGUUAAUAGCGAACAUCCAUUAUCAAAAGCAAUAUGUGAUUACGCUCGCCAUUUCCAUUUCUUUGAGAAUCCUUCGGUUCCAAAAGAUUCUCCAAGAGGGACCAAAGAUGAAAAAAUGACAGGAUGGCUUCUCGAUACCUCUGAUUUCUGUGCAAUUCCAGGAAGAGGCCUUGAGUGUUGCAUCAAACAGAAACAGAUUUUGGUAGGAAACAGAGCUUUGCUGAAAGAGAAAGGGGUUAUGAUUCCCCUCGAUGUUGAAGAUUUUAUGGUGGAUUUAGAAGAGAAUGCAAAGACAAGCAUUCUGGUGGCUUGUGAUUCCGAACUUAUCGGUGUUAUGGGAGUUGCAGAUCCGUUAAAGAGAGAAGCCGCUAUUGUGGUGGAGGCACUUUUCAAAAUGGGUGUUCGCUCUAUUAUGGUUACUGGAGAUAAUUGGCGUACUGCUAGAGCUGUUGCACAAGAGGCUGGAAUUCUAGACGUAAGGGCAGAGGUGAUGCCAGCCGGAAAAGCCGAAAUCAUCCGUUCAUUUCAAAAAGACGGUAGCAUCGUUGCAAUGGUGGGCGACGGAAUCAACGAUUCCCCCGCCUUAGCAGCCGCCGACGUCGGAAUGGCAAUCGGUGCCGGAACUGAUAUCGCCAUCGAAGCCGCUGACUAUGUUCUAAUGAAAAACGAUUUAGAAGACGUGAUCACCGCCAUCGAUCUUUCAAGAAAAACCUUCGCCCGUAUCCGUGUAAAUUACGUUUUUGCCAUGGCAUACAAUGUUGUCACCAUUCCAAUAUCUGCCGGAAUCCUGUUUCCGUGGUUCAAAGUCCAAUUGCCGCCAUGGGUCGCUGGUGCUUGCAUGGCGCUCUCUUCAGUUUGUGUUGUGUGCUCUUCGUUGCUUCUUCGAUUGUAUAGAAAACCGAGACUUACUACGAUACUUGAGAUCACAUUGGAGUAA